UUUAGCUACACGCUGGCAGAGCAGAGUGCGCGGCGCACAUUCAUCAUGGCGAGCGCUGCAUCAGCCACGAGCGCACCAACAUCACACAAGGAAUCUGUGAGUAACGAUGUGCCUGACAAUGCUUCUAGUUUUAAGGCUGCAGAAACAGUGAUAGAGUUAGCACAGACCCAUAAGCCCAAACCAGAAACCAAUGACCUGGUGUUUGGGACAGUCUUCACUGACCACAUGCUGACCAUUGAGUGGAGACUAGAGGAAGGCUGGCAGAAGCCACACAUUCAGCCUUUUGGGAACCUGUCCAUACACCCAGCCUGUUCCUCCCUGCAUUACGCUGUACAGCUUUUUGAGGGUAUGAAGGCGUAUCGUGGUCCAGAUAACAAGACGCAUCUCUUCAGACCCAUGCUGAACAUGAAGCGGAUGAUGAUGUCUGCACACAGAGCCUGUCUGCCUAGUUUUGAUGGAGCAGAGCUUUUGGAGUGUAUCAGGAGGCUGGUGGAGGUGGAUCAGGACUGGGUUCCUCAGUCAGACUCUGCCAGUCUGUACAUUCGUCCCACAUUUGUGGGCACAGAGCCCUCGCUUGGAGUGAAGAAGCCCUCGCGUGCAUUGCUGUUUGUCAUUCUCAGUCCUGUUGGCUCAUACUUUAGUACAGGAGCCAAACCAGUGUCUCUGUGGGCCGACUCCAAAUACAUCAGAGCCUGGAAAGGAGGAACAGGAGACUGCAAGAUGGGAGGGAACUAUGGCGCAUCUAUCUAUGCUCAGUAUGAGGCAGUGGAUUACGGCUGUCAGCAGGUUCUGUGGCUUUAUGGAGAUGAUCAACAGAUCACUGAAGUUGGCACCAUGAACCUUUUCCUCUACUGGAUCAAUGAAAAAGGGGAGGAGGAACUUGCAACGCCACCACUAGAUGGAAUCAUUCUGCCAGGCAUUACACGGCAGAGCAUCCUGGAACUUACUAGCAAAUGGGGUGAGUUUCAAGUGUCAGAGCGCUAUCUGACCAUGGGCGAACUUCGUCAGGCCCUGGCUGAAAACCGAGUGAAGGAGAUGUUUGGUUCUGGAACGGCUUGUGUUGUUAGUCCAGUUGGCAGGAUUUUGUAUCAAGGAGAGAAUCUACAUAUUCCAUGUGAGGGAAACUGCCCUCCUAUUGCCUCCAGACUGAUGAAGGAGCUCACAGAUAUUCAGUAUGGACGGACACCCAGUGACUGGUCUUUUGUUGUGUAAAGGAACCUCGAUGUUGUGGACAUGUCUGGUGCACUCUUCAGCACACAUGUUUAAAACAUUAUAAAUGAGGGCUUGAUUUGUGGCUACAUCAAAUACUUUGACACAUCACAAUAUUUCUUUGUUUUGCACAAAUUACGCCAGCUGACACUGAAACCUAAUCUAGCAAUAAUGUGUUGCUCUGUCACAGACUGAUCCACUCAGAUGCCUCUUUCUGGUCACAUUUUAUUCUAAUAACCAGUAACCUGCAAAACACAAUCAUACAGAAACUCUGAGUAGCUGUAUCCUUUACACUAGCUCACCAACAAAUUGUAAUUCUCUCAUCACCCUCAAGUUGUUACAAACCCAUAUGACUUUCUUUCAUCUGUGGAACACAAAAAGAGAUGUUAGGCCUAAUGUUAAGCCUCAGUCACCAUUCACUUUCAUUGCAUCUUUUUUUCCCCAUACAGUGAAAGAGAAUAGUGACCGAGGCUAUUAGCCUGUCCCUAAUAUCCUGCCAUUUGUUUUAAUGUUCAACGGAAGACAGAAAGUCAGGAUUAACUAUCCCUUUAAUGUUAUACUGUAGAUUCUUGCUCCACUAUAUCAUUAGAUUUAGCUUAUUGACCUAUUUAUGCAGUAGAUAACAUAUUGAGGCUGUUGAUAAUAUGAUAAUAUGCCAUUACGGCCAUAUUGCACAUGUGCUGUAAAAGAUAAAUAUAUUUAGAGAUAUUUUAAGGUAGUGUCUGUUUUUGUGAUAGAACUUUAUUUUUCAAGACACGACAUGCUUAAUCAUAGCUUAUAGUAGAAUUCUUGCACAAAUCCAGAGUAUUAUUACAUUUGAUAAAAAAUUAUGUCUGCACCGAAAGGGAACCUUAAAAUCCACAUCAUGUUUUUAUUGAAGUGUUUGUAUGUUCUAACAGUAUGAUCAUUCAGUUACUGUAAAACUGUGUUGUUUGGAAUGGGGUUUUAACAGUUACAAAAGCACAAAUUAAUUUAAGUUAUAAGGAUAAUACAUAUAGUGUAAGUACUAGUAAUUGUGAACUAGUGAGUAUUUUGUGGUAAGAAAACCUCAAUAAAUAUUCCACAAAAAAGUA